CUUCGGUCCACUUCCAUCCGGUUCUGGUCGUGUGUUUCUGGUUGGAGUGGCUCCAGGAGGGUUAAAGUGAGAUCUUCAGCCUCGGAGCGGAGGGGGAGGGGAGGGCAGCAGUCUGAGCGGAAGAAAAUGAGUUAAAAGAUCUGAAACUGAGCCAACCGGAGGACGUGGGCAGAGCCAAUCAACAGAGAGGACAAGCCUCAGCAUCAAAAUGAGCCAAGAAACAACAGAGACACGAACAAGAUCCCGCUCUAAGGGCAUCCGAGCGACAGAGCUUGCAGGACAAGACAUGAAGCAGGAGUUAAGCAGCUGUCCUACCCCUGGAUGUGACGGCAAAGGACACGUCAGUGGACGGUACUCACGACACAGAAGUGCACUGGGAUGCCCGAUUGUUAAGAAAAGGAAGCUUGAAGAAGCCGAGGCUGAGGAAAACCAGUCUGCUCCCAAGAGGAGGAACCAGCUGGGGAAACAAGCAGCUGAUGAAGGACACAAUGCAGAAAGUGACACAGCAGAGGAGGAGGAGGAGCAAAAAGAGGAGGAAGAAGAGGAUGAAGAAGGAGAUUUGAAAGAGAAGAACAAAACAAAAGGAAAGCCAGAGUCGACAAAAGCAGACUCCCCACUAGUGACACCGGAGGACCCAGAACAAACCGAGACAGAGGUCUGUCCUCCAGCUGAAGAUGUCAAUAAAGAAAGCAUCACCACAGAGACUGAAAACCCAACAGAGAAUGAAACUGAAAUUGAGAAAACCAUUGAGGAAGAGAAGCCUGAGAUCCUCAGUGAAAAUCAUCAUCAGGAGGAAACUGUGACAAGUGAGAAGGAGGAGGAGGUGGUGGAGAGUCAGCCAGUGAUAGAGGAGCAACCAUCAGAGCAGACAGGAGAGGAAACAGAGGUUACUGAACUUAAAGAGACGGAAGAAGAGGAGGAGGGAGAGGAGGAAGAGGUAGGGGAUGAGGAAGAAGAGGAAGAAGAAGAAGAUGAAGAAAAAGUUGAGGAAGUGCUGCAAAAGAGGCAAGAGCGUGUUAUAGAAGAAAGACCGAUGAUGAGUCAGGAGAACUCUGAUCACCAGUACUCCAGCGGAGAUUACAGCCACCACGCCAAAGAAUCAACAGAGCUGCAGAGUCACAGAGACGAGCAAGAGGAUGAAGAGGAGGAGUAUGAAGAGGAGGAGGAGGAGGAGGAGGAAGAAGAAGAGGAGGCAGAAGAGAGGGAGGUUCACCAAGAGGUCGAAACUCUGUACACUUUGAGUCCACACACUCAGGGAUCUGAAGCUGAAGAUUCAGUAAGAGAAGAGAAAGUCUGCACCCCCAUGACUGAGGAAGAGGAGGAGGAUGAAGAGCAGGAGGAAAGGGAGGAGGAUGAAGUGAGGGAGGGGAAGGAGGAUGGAGAGGUGCUGGUGGAGGAGGAGGAAGAGGAAGAGGAGGAGAGGGAGUCCAGCAAAGGCUCCCCGACCACUGUGGUCAUAGAAGUCCGCUCUGAGGACGACGACGAGGAUGAUGAUGAGGAAGAGGAAGAGGAGGAAGAAGAAGAAGAGGAGGAGGAACUAGAGGAGGAGCAGGAUCGUGUAUCAGAGGGUUCGGGGAUUACAGACGACUCUGAGAAUUGGGAUAUGACCCGGGGGAACCUGGGGCUGCUGGAGCAGGCCAUCGCCAUGAAGGCGGAGGAAGUGAGGGGAGGAAAGGAGCCGCAGAGCUCCCCGGAGUAUCAUCCAUACAGCUCUUCCAGUAAGAGCUCCGAGCCCGGCACUGCACCGAGACGCCCUUCACACUACAGCAAAGAAAAGAAGGAAGUGAAGUGUCCAACCCCGGGCUGUGAUGGGACGGGUCACGUCACUGGUCUGUACCCUCACCAUCGUAGUCUGUCUGGAUGUCCUCACAAAGACAGAAUCCCUCCAGAGAUUCUGGCCAUGCAUGAGAACGUGCUGAAGUGUCCGACUCCAGGCUGCACGGGGCAGGGCCAUGUGAACAGCAACCGCAACACUCACCGCAGUCUGUCUGGAUGCCCCAUCGCUGCAGCAGCUAAGCUGAACAAAGGCCAGGACAAACAGGUUCAUUUACAGCCGUCAUCCAGUGAACCCUCUUCCAACUCCGACAGAGUGCUCAGGCCCAUGUGUUUUGUGAAACAGCUGGAGAUCCCUCAGUACGGCAGCUACCGGCCGAACACAGUGACGACCACGCCCCGCGCUAACCUGGCCAAGGAGCUGGAGAAAUACUCCAAGGUGUCUUUUGACUAUGCAAGCUUUGAUGUCCAGGUGUUUGGAAAGCGUAUGCUCGUUCCAAAGACGCCCAGCAGCACUGAAACAUCACCCAAAGCCUUCAAAACUAAAUCAUUCCCUAAGGCCUCCUCCCCGAGUCACAGCGUGCCAGGAGGUUUUCAGAAGAGCUCCUCGUCCUCCUCUGGUUACGACUACAGCCAAGAUGCCGAGGCCGCUCACAUGGCAGCAACCGCCAUCCUCAACCUGUCGACACGCUGCUGGGAGAGACCCGAGAGCCUCAGCACCAAGCCCAGGGAACCCUGCACUAAGGAGUCGGACAUCGAGGUGGACGAGAAUGGCACCUUGGACCUCAGCAUGAAGAAGACUAAACGGGAGGGCAUGCUGCCUCCAGAGCCUUCGUCCUCCUCGUCUUCAUCCUCCCAGCUCAUCACAGCUUCGUUGUCUCAGGGACACGCUCAGCCAGAGUGGGAGGGGCCGCUGGACUUCACCAAAUCCAGUGGAGUCAAGGAGGAAGACCACGAAGAGGUGGAGUAUGCUGCUCCCUCUUACACCUCCUCUGACUGUGAGGAGGACGACCAGGAGAACCUGGAGGAUAGGAAGUACCCCGGUGAGGUCACCACCAGCAGCUUCAAGAUCAAGUUUCAGCCCAAAGACAGCAAAAAAGAGAUUCUGGUAUGUCCAACUCCAGGCUGUGAUGGCAGCGGACACAUCACUGGCAACUACGCAUCCCAUCGGAGUCUGUCAGGCUGUCCUCUUGCUGAUAAAUCACUUCGGACCCUCAUGGCUGCCCACACAGCUGAACUAAAGUGUCCGACUCCAGGUUGUGACGGCUCAGGCCACAUCACAGGAAACUACGCCUCACACAGAAGUCUGUCUGGAUGCCCUCGAGCCAAGAAAAGUGGGAACAAAGUGACUCCUACCAAGGAUGAUAAAGAGGACUCUGAGCUGUUGAGGUGUCCGGUUCCUGGUUGUGACAGUAUGGGCCACAUCAGUGGGAAGUAUGCCACCCACCGCAGUGCCUACGGCUGUCCACUAGCAGCUCGCCGGCAGAAGGAAGGUCUUCUUAACGGCACUCCAUUCUCCUGGAAGGCCUUCAAGACGGAGGGUCCGACCUGCCCAACGCCAGGCUGUGAUGGCUCAGGACAUGCAAACGGAAGCUUCCUCACACAUCGCAGUCUCUCAGGUUGUCCACGAGCUUCUGCUAACAAGAAGAAAGCCAGGUUCCCAGGAGACGAGUACAUCACUGCAAAGUUCAGAGCCAGUGAUGUCCUAGACAACGAUGAGGACAUCAAGCAGCUCAACAAGGAGAUCAACGAGCUGAACGAGUCCAACUCAGAGAUGGAGGCUGACAUGAUGAACCUGCACACUCAGAUCUCAUCCAUGGAGAAGAACCUGAAGAACAUGGAGGAGGAGAACAAACAGAUUGAGGAGAGAAAUGAGGCCUUGUUCUUGGAGUUAUCCGGCUUGAGUCAGGCCCUGAUCCGCAGCCUGACCAACAUUCGACUGCCCACGAUACAGGAGCCGCUGUCAGAGCAGAACUUCGACAGCUACGUAGAGACCCUGACCCACAUGUUUACCAAUAAAGACUGCUACCAGAACCCUGAGAACCGGGCUCUGCUUGAGUCCAUCAACCAGGCAGUGAAGGGCAUUGAGGUGUGACGGGCGAGGGGGCAGGGCAUCACAGUGACAACUCCAAUCUUUCUUUCCAAACCCAUUAGAUACUGUAUGUACUUAAUUCUUCUCAUUUGGAUCCCGGUCAUCCGUUCUUUGCGUUUGUUUGCUUGUUUGCAUGUUGCUUUAUGACGGUAUGUGUGAAGAAAUGAGGGUGUGGCUGUAAAGCGUGUGGUCGCACACCGGAAUCAAACUGUUGCUGUAAGCGAGGGCGUCCAGAGGUUAAAAAAUAAAUGAACAAAUCAGGAGUGCAGUAUCCGGCCUUAGCUGAGCAGAUCCUCUUAGUUAGUGAACAUCUCCCAUCUCCACUCAAUAAUGUUGAUAGUAUCUAUAUGAGCAUAGUGAUGUUGCACCUCCAGGACUAGUUUGUAGAUUCAUUCUUACUAUUGCUGUGUAACUAUUUAAGUCCUUUGCAAACGUUGGUUUACUAACUUAUUCAUUCAUGUCUGCUGUAUUUAUUUUUAUUUAUUGGCCUAUUUAUUAUUCAUUAUCUAUUUAUUAUCUUGUUUCAAUCACUACCUGAGAAGAUUUUAAACCCAGAGACAGGAAUCAUUUCCUCUGCAUUGUUGAACAAAGAGGAAAUAUUUUAAGAUAUCAACUAUGAAUUCUUUUAUAUAUCUUAUUAUUUAUUUAAAAUACUGGAAUCUUUUUAAGUGCAAAUAUUUUGUAACGGAAAGUUUUUUAAUAAUUUUCUAAAGAUUUUCUUUGUUUUUUUCGGUGCUUCUGUUUAUAUGAUUUUUCCUUUUUAUUCUCACAAACUAUUUUGAGUACAUUGCAAUACACUGGGAAUAAUGAGCUGCACAUAUUUGGUAUUUAUUUGGUGAUGAAGAACAAAGUGAUGGUGAAUAUUUAUUUUGUAUUGUCUAUGUGUUAACGAUGGCUGUGUAUGAAUUAGUAUUUAAGUUGCUCUUGAAAUAAAG